AGUAAGAACUUUUUCCCUGGGUGGACGUGUAAGUUUUAUUUCGUUCGAAACCGAAAACGAUAUUUUAUUCCAAAUAGUUGCAAAAUACGGUGCCUGUUUGCAGCACCGAUAGUGCGCUACUACCCGGGAACUUGAAUUACUGUAGAUCCAGUGGAGGAGUUCCAGUCAGUCCGGAGUGUUGAAAUUGGGACGGAAUACCACGGGUUCGGGUGCUGGUCAAUAUCAUCAGCAGCGAAACAACGAAAACGAUGAUAGCGGCAGAAAAUUUGGACCUUUCGUUUAAAGACCUGUCUCUGGAUGGGGGACUAGCAGCCAGUGAAGAAAAUAACAAAAUCCUCAAAUGGAAUCUACCGCUGAAAGAGCUGUACAAGCUGGCCUGCAGUUUUUACAAAGAAAAAUCGGGCAAAGCGAUUCACCUGAGCUAUGAGGACAACUUAAAGCUGGUGGCUUUUACACAGCAAGCCGCACACGGGCCACUGGAUCUUUCGGAAGCCCCACCGCUGGGCAUGUUUGAUGUCAUUGGGAAAGAUCGCAGAAUAGCAUGGCAACAGCUGGGCACGAUCACAAAGCUGCAAGCGAUGGAAGGUUUCAUCGAUCUGUUGGAUCGUCUGUGUCCACUAUUUAAACCGUACGUGGAAGCGAUCAAGAAGGACAAGGAAGAGAAAGCUCGUCGAGCGGAACAGGAACAGAUCCAGCGCACGGAAGCACUUGCCGCGGAAAAGGAACGUCUGGAAGAGAAACAGCGGCUGGAAAACGAAAAGAAUCGUGAAGAGUUACAUCGGCGACAGUUGCAGGAUGCUCUAAACCAGCAAACUUACCACCAGUUCAAGGAGUAUGCCGAAAUCCAAUUUCCGGGCAACCCGGAACAGCAGGCCGUACUGAUACGGCAGCUCCAGAACGAACACUAUCACCAGUACAUGCAGCAACUGCAGGCCCAGGUCGCGACCAACUUGGCGCGCCUGAAAAGCAUAUCCGAUGCGGAGGAUGAUGAUAAUCCUACCGCGGUCGUGUGUGAGAAUGGAACCGGUACCAAUGACACGGCAGAAUUUGCGUGCGCCAACACCAAGGAAAAUAGUCAAUUCGAGUUUAAGGAACAGUGUGACAGUGACAAUGACUCCGGAGAUUACGCAGUCAUCAGCCCCGCGAAUAUGUGGACAAAGCCGGAUAUAAAACUAUUCAAGCAGGAAGUGAUGGCCGGCAAAGGGGAUGGAGUGAUACGCGUUAAUCAUGGCGACACAGUGACGGUGAAAGUUCCAACACACGAAGGCGGUUCGUGUUUGUUUUGGGAGUUUGCAACCGAUAGUUACGAUAUUGGGUUUGGCGUUUACUUCGAGUGGGGUAAACCACCGACGACCGAGGUUUCAGUGCAUAUUAGCGAAAGUGACGAGGACGAUGAUACGAUAGAGGAAGAUGAAGAAGUGAUCUGCGCGGAAGAUCUUGAGUGUGGUCCGGCGCAGAGCAACCAAACGAGUAGCGUCGGAAGUGCGCUCGGUACGCGCAAUCCCAUCUCGAUAAUCAUACCGAUCUAUAGGCGCGAAUGCCACCAGGAGGUGUACGCCGGGUCUCAUACGUACCCGGGAGAGGGCACGUACUUGCUCAAAUUUGACAACUCGUACAGCUUGUGGCGUCCGAAGACGCUCUAUUACAAGGUGUUCUACACGCGAUAAUCACGUCGUUACGGUGUUACACAACAGCAGGAGAAUUCGAAAGUAAAGCAUAUUCGCGCAAAACGUAAAACCGCAAGGGAAAAUGGGAACGUGUAAACAUGAUGAUCCCAGGAACUAUUUAAAGGAAAUAUGAUAUAUCGAAUAACUUAUGAACCACUGGCAUACCCCGAACCUUUUCUAUUUUUCGUUUUGCUGUAUCGGUUCGUGGUAACCCGCGUGUGGAGGAAAACCAUGUUAACCAUGUCGUGCUGCAGGAUUAUUCUACUACGUUGAUCGUUGUAAAGCGAGCUUUGGCGGUCGCGGUGGUGUACUAGCAAAAAAAGAAACUUGUUCCCUAGAUCCAAUAGAGUAUAUAGAGGUGAUGUGCAAAUGGUGGCUCCGUGUGAGUUAGAUAAGCAUAUCCGUGUUCCGUUCUUCUCGAGUCUAUUAGCGAAUGGUUUGGGGAUCGAUCAAUGCUGGAUGAUUCAUUCCAAGUGUGGUGUUGAUGAUCGAGUUUGUAUUUGCAUUACAUCGUAGGCCCAACAAAAAACACGUCUCCUCCAUACCAAUAGACGAUCUAUUGGACGAGGUGUUUGUUGUGAGAUAGUUAAAUGAAGAAAAUAAAGAGGAGAACAAGUUGAUGAAGAAAAAAAAAAACAUCCCAAACCCAUCCCCAACUUCGACCCAGCACUUAAUAAACAAUAAUGGAUGUUGAUUGUUCAGCGAAAUAUAAAACUGUACGAAGCGGGCCUGUAUGGGAGAGAAGAAAAUAAAAGAAAACCCGGCAAGUGGUGUGUGGUAUACA